AUGGUACCUGCGGUCCUUCGAACGGAAAUACAGUCUGCCCAGGAGUGGACAGUUGCUGUUCAAUCAAUGGAUACUGUGGUACAACAUCCGCUUACUGCAGUGCAGGGAAUUGCAUCUCCGGUGCAUGUGAGACGAGUCUUGCUACCACUGAUGGCACCUGCGGCCCCUCUUGGGGGGACACAACAUGUACUAACCCUAGUUUUGGUUCAUGUUGUUCGAUCUAUGGAUAUUGCGGUACCGGGUCCGACUACUGUGGACCGGGCCAUUGUUACUCGGGAGAAUGUGAUGGCGCUAAUGGGGGUCUGA